CCCGGGUUGGUGCCGGUGCCUCGUCCCGCGCUCAGCUGGGUUUGUAGUGCGCUGUUACCGGGGGAAUAGCCGAAAAUCAAAUAGGAAGGAAAAGGUAUGCGUAUUUUCCUGGGAGGUAAAAACCGUAAGUUUCGGCGUGUUUUUUGAUACGGUAAACUUUGGCUGGUUUUCACAGUAAUUCAUUUUUUUUUAUGUGUGUGCUAGUUGGCUCAUGCAUCUAAAAUGAUUAAACUUACACUUUAUUAUCACCCAGUGAGACUUUUAUCUAAAUAAAUUCCACAUUGUUUUGAGGGUUUGCAGUGUUGGUGAUGAAGGGCAGCACGAUAAAAUACUUAGUGUAAAAACUGGUACUCUGUUUUGAGUGAUGUACAGUGAUUUUAAAACUUUUUGCUUUCAUCUUCCUGCUAAGAUUAUAUAAUAUAGGAGGUUGCUGUUUGAAAGAAAAAAAACAACUUAUGUAGCCUGACGUUUUUUACAUUUCAAAGAAUCAUCUGAGGAUGACUUGGGGGCUAAGGAAUAGAAGUGGAGGCCAUCUGUUUGACCAGAGCAGUAAUACCUGGUUAAGAGAAACUAUUAAAUUGUAACUGGCUCAGACAAGCAUCAUGUUGUCAAUGUUUAAGCUUCUUCCUCUCCUGUUUACUCCCCGUCUGACUCAUUGGACACCAUGUGCCUUGAAAUUGUUAUGAUACAUCAUCCUUCUGUGUGUGUCAUAAUAGCUGUCUGCAAUCCAGGUGAAAUCACAGCACAGUGAGCAGCCAGAAGAGCAGUGGGGAGAGCUGCCACGUCCAGCUGGAAUGAGAGGGUGAGGGAACAGAGAUUACCCCUGUCCCUCUGCGUAAGGAACUGAGCUGCAGGGCUUCAGCUCUCAGUGAAGAGAGAGUUCUUUUCCUUGCUACAGAAAAAAAAAAAAAAAAGCUUGUACGGGGCUUUGCACUUCCUUUUGCUGGAGUUCAUGAGGUUCUUGUUGAGGUCCCACUGGUGUUUCAGGCACUCAUCCCAGUUUGGUGACAUCAGCAGAUGUGGUUGGGGUACCCUCACACAUCAUCCAGUCAAUGGAGAUGUUAAACAGGACUGGACAGUCCUGACCUGGGGAUACACUGCUAGUGCCUGACCUCCAGCAAACCCAAAGAGCAUCAAACUUAGAAAGAUUUGGGAUCCUUUGUAGCUAGAUUAAAUGAUAGCCAGGGUAGAUUAAAAAAAAUACAUCAGCUAUUUUUUUUUUUAUUUAAAGCAAGGCUUCUUGAUUUUUUUUCUUUUUUUUUUGUAUUUGUUUGCAUUUAUACUUAUUCACAAGCUUAUAAUGGAAAUUUUUGACAGCUAUUUGUAGCCAUAAUACCAUUUUCUGGUAGGACUGCAUAACUCUUGCUGGGACCUAAACAUCACAAAGUUUUGUUUGGCUUAAAACUUUAUAUUGUUUUAAGAAAAAUCUAUUGGUUUAUGUUUUUGAAAAGUUUGUGUGUAACACUGCGUCCCAAAUUUGGAAAGAAGGGUUGUAAAAGUUUGACUGUUUCUAAUGGUUUUGUUCUUUCUCACUUUCACCUCUUCUACAAUUAUUCUGAUAUCACUGUAAGACAAGUGGAAGAGUCUGGCUGGGCUGUAAUGUAUGUACAAGAUGCUGUUGACACCAGAUUUGACUUUGAAUUGUUAAUUCACCUACAGUUGUACAAGAGGCUGUUUGUUUCAUUCUUGGGUAUCAUAAAGCUUGUUCUGAGUCAGCUUUCAAAAAUGUUCUGCUAGAAUGACCUCAGCUUUGUGUGCUCAGUGUGCUGUUUUGAGUUUAUUUUCAAGUAUUAUGGUGCUGCUGGGCAGCUAAUGCUUUUAACAGUGAUUUGGCCCUUAUUUUCAUGUGUCUUUUUUCUGUUUGUAGCAGUACAUGGUAAUUCUAUCACCUUCUGGCCAUCCCAAUGAUGAAAUCAGAAGCUAAAGAUGGAGAAGAGGAAAGCCUGCAGACAGCAUUCAAAAAGCUGAGAGUUGACACAGCUGGGUCUGUGAAGAAGCCCUCGAGAGGAGUUGUGAGAACCCAGCGUCGCAGGCGUUCCAAGUCUCCAAUUCUUCAUCCUCCCAAGUUUAUCCAUUGCAGCACGAAGUCACAUUCCACAUGCAGCCAGCUGGUGCAGAAGAGCCAUGCUGAUGGCCAGGAGGACAGCAGUGGGUUUGGGAUGCCAGUCCCAAAGGAAGCUUGUGCACACGAACGAUGCAGCGUCACUCCGGACGUUGGCCAGAAGGGAGCUGAUGAGUCUUUGGCAGUUUCUCUUGCACGGUUGACGUCGGAGAACACGCAGGAGAACCCUCCAGCUGCAGCUUCUCCAGGAUCCAAAACAAGCCUAAAGACUACAGAGCUUUCUGACUUCCAGUCUAUGUCCCAGCUGAACACGGGUGAGCCAUGUGCAUGUGCAGAUAAAGCCUGUCAGUGCAAACUGUGGCAAGAUAUGGAAGUGUACAAAUUCUCUGGCUUGCAGAGCACCCUCCCACUGGCACCUGAUAGAACGGUUUCUGAGGAUCACUCCCAGCCUGUGCCAUCAAGAACUCCCUCAAGUUCUCCACGCUCUUGCUCUGAGCAAGCCAGGGCCUUUGUGGAUGAUGUGACAAUUGAAGAUCUUUCAGGAUACAUGGAGUAUUACUUGUAUAUUCCAAAGAAAAUGUCUCACAUGGCAGAAAUGAUGUACACCUGACAGCAACAAGCACUAAAACCAGAAGGGUGGCUGGUUUAAAUCUGCCCUCAGGCACAUCAUGUGAAUAUGCAACCCGCUCCCUGCUCACUGUGCUUGCAAUAAAAACACUUCUUUGCAUCUCA